UCCUCAACUCAGUCAUCUUCCCUCCUCCCCAAAUGUAAAAAUGCAGCUGCUUUAAGCUGAGAGAAAUAACGUAUCAACUUCCCACCUCCGGCCUCAGCAGACACCUCGGAGGCGUUCUGCUGCGGCCCCUCAGCGUCUCCCGGAGCUGGGGGGGGAUCCUCGGGGAGAAGGCUGACGCUAGGGGCCCCUAACAGGGGAGGGGGCAGAGCUGGGGGUGUCAGAGGGUAGAGAAGGGGGUGGAGAAGAGGGGUGAGGCGGGGCCGGGCGGGGGCCGCUGGCUCCGCCCUUUCCUGGCGGCUGGGUCUUUAACACCGCCCAGCGCACAUGUCGGGGGAGGCCUGGCAGCUGCAGCUGGGAGCGCACAGACGGCUGCCCCGCCUGAGCGAGGCGGGCGCCGCCGCGAUGCUGCGAGGAGGACGGCGCGGGCAGCUUGGCUGGCACAGCUGGGCUGCGGGGCCGGGCAGCCUGCUGGCUUGGCUGAUACUGGCAUCUGCGGGCGCCGCACCCUGCCCCGAUGCCUGCUGCCCCCACGGCUCCUCGGGACUGCGAUGCACCCGGGAUGGGGCCCUGGAUAGCCUCCACCACCUGCCCAGCGCAGAGAACCUGACUGAGCUCUACAUCGAGAACCAGCAGCAUCUGCAGCAUCUGGAGCUCCGUGACCUGAGGGGCCUGGGGGAGCUGAGAAACCUCACCAUCGUGAAGAGUGGUCUCCGUUUCGUGGCGCCAGACGCCUUCCAUUUCACUCCUCGGCUCAGUCGCCUGAAUCUCUCCUUCAACGCUCUGGAGUCUCUCUCCUGGAAAACUGUGCAGGGCCUCUCCUUACAGGAACUGGUCCUGUCGGGGAACCCUCUGCACUGUUCCUGUGCCCUGCGCUGGCUACAGCGCUGGGAGGAGGAGGGACUGGGCGGAGUGCCUGAACAGAAGCUGCAGUGUCACGGGCAAGGGCCCCUGGCCCAUAUGCCCAAUGCCAGCUGUGGUGUGCCCACGCUGAAGGUCCAGGUGCCCAAUGCCUCGGUGGAUGUGGGGGACGACGUGCUGCUGCGGUGCCAGGUGGAGGGGCGGGGCCUGGAGCAGGCCGGCUGGAUCCUCACGGAGCUGGAGCAGUCAGCCACAGUGAUGAAAUCUGGGGGUCUGCCAUCCCUGGGGCUGACCCUGGCCAAUGUCACCAGUGACCUCAACAGGAAGAAUGUGACGUGCUGGGCAGAGAACGAUGUGGGCCGGGCAGAGGUCUCUGUUCAGGUCAACGUCUCCUUCCCGGCCAGUGUGCAGCUGCACACAGCGGUGGAGAUGCACCACUGGUGCAUCCCCUUCUCUGUGGAUGGGCAGCCGGCACCAUCUCUGCGCUGGCUCUUCAAUGGCUCCGUGCUCAAUGAGACCAGCUUCAUCUUCACCGAGUUCCUGGAGCCGGCGGCCAAUGAGACCGUGCGGCACGGGUGUCUGCGCCUCAACCAGCCCACCCACGUCAACAACGGCAACUACACGCUGCUGGCUGCCAACCCCUUCGGCCAGGCCUCCGCCUCCAUCAUGGCUGCCUUCAUGGACAACCCUUUCGAGUUCAACCCCGAGGACCCCAUCCCUGUCUCCUUCUCGCCAGUGGACACUAACAGCACAUCUGGAGACCCGGUGGAGAAGAAGGACGAAACACCUUUUGGGGUCUCGGUGGCUGUGGGCCUGGCCAUCUUUGCCUGCCUCUUCCUUUCUACGCUGCUCCUUGUGCUCAACAAAUGUGGACGGAGAAACAAGUUUGGGAUCAACCGCCCGGCUGUGCUGGCUCCAGAGGAUGGGCUGGCCAUGUCCCUGCAUUUCAUGACAUUGGGUGGCAGCUCCCUGUCCCCCACCGAGGGCAAAGGCUCUGGGCUCCAAGGCCACAUCAUCGAGAACCCACAAUACUUCAGUGAUGCCUGUGUUCACCACAUCAAGCGCCGGGACAUCGUGCUCAAGUGGGAGCUGGGGGAGGGCGCCUUUGGGAAGGUCUUCCUUGCUGAGUGCCACAACCUCCUGCCUGAGCAGGACAAGAUGCUGGUGGCUGUCAAGGCAUUGAAGGAGGUGUCCGAGAGUGCUCGGCAGGACUUCCAGCGUGAGGCUGAGCUGCUCACCAUGCUGCAGCACCAGCACAUUGUGCGCUUCUUCGGCGUCUGCACCGAGGGCCGCCCCCUGCUCAUGGUCUUUGAGUAUAUGCGGCAUGGGGACCUCAACCGCUUCCUCCGAUCCCAUGGGCCUGAUGCCAAGCUGCUGGCUGGUGGGGAGGAUGUGGCUCCAGGCCCCCUGGGUCUGGGGCAGCUGCUGGCCGUGGCUAGCCAGGUCGCUGCGGGGAUGGUGUACCUGGCGGGUCUGCAUUUUGUGCACCGGGACCUGGCCACACGCAACUGUCUGGUGGGCCAGGGACUGGUGGUCAAGAUUGGUGAUUUUGGCAUGAGCAGGGAUAUCUACAGCACCGACUAUUACCGUGUGGGAGGCCGCACCAUGCUGCCCAUUCGCUGGAUGCCGCCCGAGAGCAUCCUGUACCGCAAGUUCACCACCGAGAGCGACGUGUGGAGCUUCGGCGUGGUCCUCUGGGAGAUCUUCACCUACGGCAAGCAGCCCUGGUACCAGCUCUCCAACACGGAGACCUCAGCAGGAAUUAUCAGAGUGCAAGGGACCAGCACGGGAAGAGGAACCCAGCACAAGAAGGCCCAACACUGCAGCAGGACGGCUGGAGGCAAUCGACUGCAUCACGCAGGGACGUGAGUUGGAGCGGCCACGUGCCUGCCCACCAGAGGUCUACGCCAUCAUGCGGGGCUGCUGGCAGCGGGAGCCCCAGCAACGCCACAGCAUCAAGGAUGUGCACGCCCGGCUGCAAGCCCUGGCCCAGGCACCUCCUGUCUACCUGGAUGUCCUGGGCUAGGGGGCCGGCCCAGGGUCUGGGAGUGGUUAGCCGGAAUACUGGGGCCUGCCCUCAGCAUCCCCCAUAGCUCCCAGCAGCCCCAGGGUGAUCUCAAAGUAUCUAACUCACCCUCAGCAUGUGGGAGGGGACUGGUGGGGGCUGGGAGUAGAGGAUGUUCCUGCUUCUCUAGGCAAGGUCCCGUCAUAGCAAUUAUAUUUAUUAUCCCUUG